UGUGUGUGUCCAAUCAUCUCUCAGUAGGAUCAUCAACCUGACAGAAAAGCAUGACAGUUGCUGUUAAGGUUUUCCUUAUAUGCUGUCUUCUUCAAGGUAGCUUAUGCCAACACUGGGCAGCCUUCAUGCCUCAGGCAGUAGAGGGACUAAGUGGAUCCUGUGUGAUCAUCCCCUGCACUUUCAGCUUGCCCUCAAAUUGGGAUCAAUACCUGGAUGAUUCGUGUAAAGCCAUUUGGAAGAGAGGCAGCUGGAGUCGAACGCAGGUGUUUGAUUCCAGCUUCACUGGAGCAAUUUCAAGCUUAAACAUCCUACAAGGCAACCUAACGGGGAUCCUGCGUGAGAAGGACUGCACCACCGUCUUCAACAACCUGCCAUCGAACCAUUAUGACAGCUAUUACUUCAGACUGCAGUGUGACAACGCUCUGAAGUUCAACUUUCCAUCAAGCGUCGUCAUCACCUCUCAAGAUUCACUGCCUAGACCUACCAUCACUCCAUCCAGGCUGGAGGUAGAAGAAGGCACUCCAGUGAGGUUGAACUGCUCGGCUGUGGCUCCCUGUCCCAUUCUUUCUCCAGCUCUGACAUGGAUCCCCAGUAUAGGUGACACAGAGGAGAACAUGGAGAGUAAAUUUGUCACCUCUGUUAUGAACUUCACUGCUUCUUACCUCCACGAUGGACAGAAGCUCUUGUGCACCGCUCUCUACAACCGACAAACUGGCAACAGUGACCUUUUGUAUGAAAAAAGUUUGACCCUCCGUGUUCUUUAUCCUCCAAAUAAUACAUCAGUCAGUUACUCUGGUCCUGUAAAAGAGGGCAGCUCAGUGACUCUGAUCUGCACCGCCAACGCAAAUCCACCUGUGGACAGCUACACCUGGUACAAAGUGGAUGGAGAUCAGGUCGCAGCAGUGGGUUCUAAGAGGAGGCUUUCAACUACGGUCACAGAAGUUGACAGCCAUUUUUACUGCAAAGUCACUAACAGAUAUGGAGCCCAGAACUCAUCCAUCACUCAGAUCGAUGUGCAGUUUCCUCCCAAGGAAACCACGGUAAUCCUCGACCCUAAUGGUCCAAUACUGGAGGGAAGCUCUGUUACUCUAUUCUGUAGGAGCCGUGCUAACCCACCUGUAAGCAAUUACACCUGGUACAAAGAUGAUGAGGAGGAUAAGGAGCCUGGAUCGGUCUUAGUUAUGAACGGUGUUGAUCCGAGCCACAGUGGUGACUACCACUGUGCAGCGAAAAAUGAACUGGGAGAGAAAAGUUCAGCACCGAUUCAUCUGGACAUUCAGUAUCCCCCUAAGAACACCUCAGUUUUAGUUGACCCCUCUGGUCCAGUGCUGCACGGCAGUUCUGUAAGUCUGACCUGCACAAGCAUUGCCAAUCCAGCAGCGGUUAACUUCACCUGGUUCAGAGUGGCUGGAAGAGAAAAAGAGAUGGUGGGCUCUGAGCGAGACUACAUCUUUAAUGCGACAAAACUCUCAGAGGAUCAGUAUUACUGUGAAGCUUUGAAUGUCCAUGGAGCUGAAUACUCAGAGCCUGCGAACCUUGAUGUCACAUUUGUUUCAGAGAUCCUGCCUUCUUCCAGCUGUGUCAAGAUUUUAUCUCUGAUCCGAUGUUCCUGCGACAGCCAAGGGAACCCGCGUCCGUCCCUGGUUUGGGAAUUGGCCGGGGAGCCUGUCAAUCACUCGGCUGAGAUCCCAAUCAGAGAAGUUCCACUGGGGAGCGUGGGCAUGAGGAGCCUCAUCACCUUGUACCGUCUGGACGAAGACAUGCCCUCUCUAGUGUGCCUCAGUGUCAACUCACUGGGCUCUGAUAGAUUUGUGUUCAAUGUGUCCUCCAGCGAAACUCAGCUAGGCCUCCAUACGGUGUCUCUUUUGAUCGGCUCUGCAGUGGGAGCACUGGGGAUGCUGCUGGUGUGUGUCCCACUCUUACUAUUCUUUUGCAGGAAAAAGAAAGGAAGCCAUUCACCCGACAAGGGAUUGGUGGACACUUCAGACAUUUUAGUUACGAAUGAGACCAACUGUUCACAAGUGGAUGUGAUUUACACCAAUAAAGCCAUUCUGGAAGAGGAAGCAGUAGUUCAGGAAGAUACUUUGCACUAUGCCAACGUGGACUUUGCUAAACUCCAGGCCAAGUCAGAGGGUAAGCUCGGGGAAGGGGAGAUCAGAGGCCUGGCCUCCAAGACGGCUGAGUAUGCUGAGAUCCGUCUGCACUCCAGAGCAAGCAACGGAGGAGAUUGAAAUGAAGAAGAGACAGUUGCUGACACUUAUUUGGGUCAAGGGAAAGUCUCUGAUGAUCUCAUAGGACUGGUCGAUGAAAAGGUCAUGGCUUAACUUUGGGGGAAAAGAUAGCUGAAACACAGGUUUCUGGGCUUCAAACAGCCGCAGCACUUUACUAUGUCCCCCUUCAGUUUCCAGAGCCCAGCUGAGCAGAACAACCUCGUAAAGUCUGCAGCAGUGGAGAUAGCAACUGCGCUACAGCCAUCCUUCUUUAAAGCGAGUAAUGCCACACACGUGUGGCUUCAAGUUGAGCUCUCAACUUUUGUCACAGUAACUGUUUUCUGUCAAUCUUUCUUGUGUCUCUUUACUGAAAAAAUGCCUAGCAAACAAAAAAAUACAUGAAAGUGAUUUUGAAUACAUAAGGUGGGUAGCUACCAUAGGAUACAGAUGUCAGAGCCACUCUGCAUGCUGGGUAUGAAGCUUCAACCUCCCUACAAUCAACCAUAAUAAAACCAAUAACCGUUCCACCACAUUAAUCAUGCAGCUGUUUAUAUUUAAUAUUUCACUACUACUUUUUGUCUUACAGUUCUGUUAAUUUAUUAUUUAAACUAAUUGUGCAGAGUUUAAAAAACAGGGGGACAUUUGUGUAACACUUUUUUAUUGAUCAUUUUGUAUUUGUUUUUGCUAAAAUGUUUAUGUUUGUGCAUGUUUAUAAAACCUAAGAAAGCCAAUCUUUUCAUACAAGAGCUGAAGUCAAAGCAUGUUAUUAAAUGGAUCAUUAUGCAUAUAGCACAUUGUUUGUUUCCGAAACAAACCUAAGUAAAGCAGCUGCUGCACAGCGUUAUAACAUUACAGCCAUGUCAUCUUGCACUGGAGUAUGUUAAUAAAUGAAAUAAACAGUAAUGCCAAAACAGCUUACAAAUAUGUACAUUUGCCCACACUUUCCUUUAUAAUUCAGUAGUUUAAACAAAAAUGUUAAAGCUGAGCCUCAUUUUACUUUAGAUUGCAUGGGCUUGGAUUAAUCACUUUCCUCUAUUUCCUCCAUGUUAGGUACUUGUUACUGCACAUUAAUAUAACGAAAUGUAAUAUUUUAG